AUGACAAACUCUCACAUCAUCGGUCGGAAAGCUUUUCAGAGUAUUGCAGCUGGCAUUGGUCUCGUGUCGGAGAGCAUAUCGGCUCACAAGGCCAAAAAACAGAGCUCACUAGCCCUCAACUCCCCAGAACCCAGUAUAGAGGGGGAGAUCAAUCCCGAGGAACAGGAAUUUCCCAUCGUGCAUGAGCUUGAAAUACGGGAAAAUGGCAGCUCUGAGCACUCGACCAGAAUUCUAGAAGAGCAAUGGGCUCUGGAUGAAGCCCAAGAUGACCUUCGACAUGAGUUCGAGAGGGACUCCUCCCCUUCCCCCCCAAAAUACACUGAGGUGGACGAAGGAAUGGAUAUGGAUGAGGCCAGCCUUGCCCAUCAAUUUGCGGAUGCAAAUCCAGCACCGCCACCGUACAUAAUGAAUGAGAAUCUGUCACAGUCACGACUAUCGGCACCAGUUGUGCUCCCCCAGCGCAGGCCCAGAACCCGGGAUCGCGGCUUUAUCCGAGCAUAUGCUCCUGCUCUUGCCGAAUGUGGAAUCGACCAGACCAUGUUCAUCGACUUUCUCAACACUGCCGAGAAGGCUUGUCAAGCGGCCCCUUGGCUUCAAGCGAUCAAUUUGGCUUCCAUCGGAACCAUUUGGUUACCCUCGGUCACUGGAAUUGCCGUUUCCAUUGCCAUUCAGAUUGCUACGGACAUCGCCAUUGCGGUAGAUGGCCGUCGAAAAACAAACUCUUUUUUUGACCAAAUAAAUAAAGAGUUCUUCCAACCCCGUGGGCUUUUUUGUCUUAUCAUGACAUGGAACCCUGAUAUGACGGAUGCACCUUCCACAAAGGUCGAUCUGAAUUCAUUGAUCUCUCAAGCUGCCGGGGAUCACAACCCCAAUAUGGUCGGACGGCUUCGACAUAAGCUCAAGUCUUCCGACGGAAAAGGCUAUGGAAAUAUUUUCCCAGAGGUAGCACCUCUCAUUUUCCCCCAAAUAGAUCAACUGGCAUCGGAUUCGAACGCCGAGAAAAAACUAUCCAAAAUGAAGAAAAAGAGUCAAUUUGUGAGCGGCUAUAUGGACAAGAGAGCCCAAGCCAAAUUUAUGGCCAAAAAUCCGGACAGUCAUUUGACACAGGGCCCCAAGCCUACUUUCACCUCACGAUAUGCCGAUCCAAACCAUCCUGCUAGCACAGGGGACCCUCUUGCUCUGAUAAGUGGCGGGAAAUUCACGAUGGAAAAACUCCAGAGAUUGAAAUCCGAGCAAUCCCGUGGUGGGCGAGGUGUCUCAAAUGAAUACCGGGAUGAUGAUCAUAUGCAGUCACAAUCUGCUUCAAAUGCGGCACCACAUGCACCGUAUGGUCGAUCCUUCGGUUUGAGAGAUGCUAUUGCGCAAGCGAGGGACUUUCGAAAUCCACAAAAUGCUGCGCAGUUCUCAUCAAGUAAUGACCCAUAUCCUGCAGACCGGAAUUUCUCUGCAAGAGGAUCCCUAACGGGCCAGGGAGAUAACAAGGGUCUUUUAAGUCCCGUUGCCAAACUUAUGAAAAAGAAAGUGCUUUACUUGGCCAUUGUCAACAUGCCAUCGGAAGAUGAGAUGAACCGAGCACACGAGGCAGUACGACAGAUGGUUUGA